UAAAACAAAGUUUCGGUUCGCGGCAUCAAAUGGCGAGCGAGAACUAGAGAACUAAAUCAGUACAAGUUCAGUCCAGAGGAAGGGGGGUUUACGACGAACUGAAUUUUUUAAUCAUGCCUUCCCUUGCUUUUGUCGUGGAGAGUCCACGAAAAUAUCGUAGGACUCAAUCGGAAAAGAAAGUAAUGGCGCGCGGAGGCAGUCCGAACUGGCUUUCAGAGCAAAUGAGAAGCGGCAACUACGUGCUGUUGCUGGACUGUCGUCCCUUCGCUGAGUUCGUUCGUAGUCACAUUCAAGGGGCAAUAAAUCUAACUAUCCCUAGUUUAAUGCUACGGAGAAUGAAGAAAGGAAAUAACUUUUCAUUCACCUCUCUGAUAUCUUCGGAAGAGGGAAAAGAGCAGUUUAACAAGAACCUACAUAUGGCAACUGCAGUAGUUCUGUACGACUCCAAUACCAAAGACAUCGCGAGUAUUGGAAUUAACUCGGUAAUGGCAGUGCUGAUAAAGAAAUUGGCUGACGAAUGUGCUCCAGGAACUCUUCGGCUACUUGAAGGUGGUUUUUCUAAGUUUGAGGAAAGAUUUCCAUCCUUCUGUGAGCCGGGAGAGGAGUCCGGCCGGCCAUUGCUAUCCCUGUCCGGACUGACAAUACGAGAGGCAAGUGAACAAGCGGUUCCAUCAAGGAUAUUACUCCCAAAUGUGCAGCCUUCGACGCCAGAGAAUCGCAAUGUAUCGAACUGUGAAUUGGCCGAAAUACUUCCCCGCCUUUACCUUGGUAGCGAAAAAGACGCUUCAAACAUCGAACUACUCAGAAAGCACAAAAUAAGCUACGUUCUAAAUGUAACCCACGACCGUCCAAAUACAUUCGCUCAUAUCGAAGGAUUUAAAUACAAGAACCUACCUGUUGAGGACAACUUGAUGGCAAAUUUAACGGAGUUGUUUCCAGAGGCUUUCGCAUUUAUCGACGAAGGUCGGCAGAAAAGUAGUAAUGUUCUUGUCCAUUGCCUAGCUGGUAUUUCCAGAUCCGUCACCAUCACCAUCGCUUAUCUAAUGUCGUCCCAACACCUAAGUCUUAACGAGGCCUAUGACUUUGUAAAGGCAAGAAAAUCGAACGUUUCACCCAACUUCAACUUCAUGGGUCAAUUAUUGGACUUUGAGAGAUCGCUGAAUCUGCCUCGUACUCCCAGCUCCACAACCAGUACCCUUUCGCCAGCCAGUAGCUUGGAUGAGAGCGAAUUGGACACAAGCGAUGAUCUAUAGCAAAAUGUCAGUCAGAGAGUUAUUGAAUUCAAAAAUCAUUGAAUAGCAGAUAAAUAUAAAUAUCUAUUUAUAAUUUAUUAGAAUAUUAGCUCCACAAGUUUUGUUAAAUGGGAAUAGUAUAGUUAUGUUCUGUAAUGGAAUAUAUUAUGUCGACUAAUCAUGCGCGAACUCAACAACUUCACAUUCUUCAAAUCUUAAAAAAAAUCGUACAUUCAAGCUCUAAUGACUUUAUCAUGUGCAGUCCUGCAUAUUCUUCUAUUCUAUAUAAAUACGGUUUUCAAUUUUCUAUUAAUGUGCCUCGACUUCAUCAGCGUUGUGUUUUAGAUAAUUAGAGACUUCGAUUGAAACUAUUCUCAAUUGUUCGUGAAUUAUUAUUGUAAAUAUUGUAUAUACAUAGAUGAAUAAAUUUACCCCACAGAGUUAUAAA